UUUCACUUAAUUAAUUUUCUUUUUUGCAUGCACAUGAGAGUAGUAAUUAAUUCCUUUGUGGCCACAUGAAAAAAACCCACCAAAAUCCAAACAAUAAUUCUCUUACACAUUGAAGAAAGUCACUUUCUCCCAAACCCAAAUCUCCAGAAAUCAAUGCUUCUUCCCCUUUCACCAGCUCGGCUCUCAUCUUCCUCCCCAAAAACAAAACAAAAAAGACAGUUGCCAUUUUCCAACGGUUUCUCUCUCCAAACAACAAAGUUAAAUAUUUUCUCUCUCCAAACAAGAAAUUAAACUCAAAAAAAAAAAAAAAAAAAAAAAUGGGAUCUUGGGAGCAGUUCGGAGAAAUCGCUAAUGUAGUACAACUAAGCGGUCUGAACGCAAUAUCAUUAAUAGGUUUGAUAGUGAAGGCGGCGAGCACUGCAAGAAUGCACAAGCAGAACUGCAGGCAAUUCGCGCAGCACGUUAAAAUGAUUGGGAAUUUGCUUGAGCAGCUCAAGAUUACUGAGUUGAAGAGAUACCCUGAAACUCGGGAGCCAUUGGAGCAUCUCGAAGAUGCUUUGAGAAGGGCUUAUCUUCUUGUCAACAGCUGUCAAGAAAGAAGCUAUCUUUAUUUAAUGGCUAUGGGUUGGAAUAUUGUCUAUCAGUUUAGAAGAGCUCAAGAAGAAAUUGAUCGCUAUUUAAGGAUUAUUCCUCUUAUUGCCCUUAUUGAUAAUGCCAGGGUUAAGGAGAGGGUAGAAGAGAUUCAAAGGGAUCAGCGUGAAUACACGUUAGACGAAGACGACAGAAAAUUGCAAGUCGCCAUUUCCGAGAGCGACACAACAAUGUUGAAGAAGAGCAUUUCUUGCACUUACCCGAAUUUGCCUUUCGACAAAGCAUUAGAGAAAGAGCACGAAAAGCUCAAGAAAGAGCUUCAGAAUUCACAAGCUAAUAUGGACGUUGGUCAAUGCCAAGUCAUCGAACGUUUGAUCGAAGUUACUGAAAUUGCUGCAAAUUCCGUUACGGAGAAAGAUUCGCCCCGCAAAAGUAGUCCGCAAAGGGAACACUUUUCUAGCAAGAAUAAUAAUAAUAUAUGUAGAGAAACCACAAUAAAUACGGCAUCAAUGAAGGAAACAAUUUGGCAAGACGAGUGGCAUUCGGAUUUACUCGGCUGCUGUUCCGACCCUUACUUGUGUUUAAAGACCUUCUUUUGUCCUUGUGACACAAUUUCAAAGAUAGCAUCAGUGGCAACAGGAAAUGAAAUAACUUCAGCAGAGACGUGUAAUGAAAUAAUGGCGUACACAUUGAUACUCGGAUGUUGUUGCUAUACGUGUUGUAUAAGAAAAAAGCUUCGGAGGAGACUUGACAUCAAGGGUGGCAUAUUUGAUGAUUUCUUGUCACACUUUAUGUGUUGUUGCUGUGCGCUCGUUCAAGAAUGGAGGGAAGUGGAGAUACGCGGUCAGCAUAAGACAAGGAUUAGCCCUCCACCAUCUCAACAAAUGGAGUUUUGAAGGGUGUUUUUGUAAGAAUAUAGAUUGUUCUUCGCAGCAUAAUGUUGGUUGUGUAUAUUUAUAGUACAGUAUUCACAAUACUUACUUGCAGACUGAAGUGUAUCUAUAAUCCAUGCAAUCACAAAUAUGCAUUCUUCAAUACGAUUUGUUGUAUUGAAAAGCU